AUGGGCGAUGAAUCUGGUACACUGGUGGCAGCGCUGGCUGACCUCCCCCCGUUUAAGGACGAUAUGGACUUCGAAGUGUGGCUUAAACUCGUCAAAUUUAACCUUCCUCUCUACCCUCGACGUCAGAGGAUACUUCGGAUUCUUCGCGCUCUCCCCCAAGACCUGUUUUUGGCUGCAAUAGACGCCGGCAUCACCCCUGACACCAACCUAGAACAGUGUUGCGACACCUUAUCCCAACUCGUCAUUGACCAGGAAGAGCAGACUCUUGCCAGAGACUUUUUUAUCGCUGCCAAAAAGUGGCUUCUAGCAGAACGAGCCUUCCGUGGAUCACCCCCAAACAAAGUCACUGGAUGGAUAGUCGUCCAGUUCAAACACGGAGUUCGACCACCCAUUAUGGUUGAGGAACUCUGCGGCAUGAAGACCAACUCCCUCAGCCAGCUAGUCAAGUUCGCGACCAAGAAGCGUCAGGAGUUGCUUAAGAUCCCGCAUUACAACAUUCCCAGCAGACGGUCGAAUCCAGCACCCUCAUAUCGUGCCUCUUUGCGUUAUACCCCAAGAUCAGUAGGCUGGAAGUGCAUCAGUAUGGACGAUUCCAUUUUGAAGUGCCCAAUUUGCCGCGGAGAGUUAAAACAUCCUGUGAUGCCUCCUUGUCAGCACACCUUUUGCUUUUCUUGCCUCACGGAUUUCGUGAGAAAUAGGGGGAGGUUUUGCCCAACCUGCCGCAAGGCCUUUGGCAAAGCCGAUCUUCGACGCAACCUGCAGGCCGUGAAAUUGCUCUCAGCCAAGAGUAAUUCACCUAUGGCAUUUGCUUAUCCGGUGGUAUCACCACGUCUGGUGCAGCAGCGUCAGCAGCAGCAGCAGCAGCAACAACAACAACAACAGCUCUAUUUGCGUAGUCCAAACGCAAGCAUGCCCACAGCUUCAACAGUGCAAUGCCUCAAGUCGGCAAGUCUGAGGAGUCCCGUGCGUUUCGCACAAGUCACUGCGGCACCUGCGUUCACACCCUCCGCUGUGGUCUUUCGAAAUUACCGUGUGGCUGGUGGUGAGUCCAACUACCAGACUGCAGGCUCACCUAUGCAACCGCAAAAGAACGCAUUCCAGCAGCCUGAUUGUCAUCGUACGGGCAGUGGUGGUGGUGGUGGUGCCUGCAUUUCUUCAAACAACAGCUCGCUUCUCUCCAAGACCAGUGAUCUCAACGACACAAGUGAUCCCAAAGACGGUGGCGAGGUGAUUCGGAUGAACGACACAAGCAAGGUGAAGUGUUGUAGGGAGAGGGAGAAUUCGUCCGAGUUCAGUGAUGCUAUACCACAAGACGUAUCACCAUCAAGUUAUCAGCGCCUCGUGCACGAGAGCGGAGCACCGACUGCCGCGUCGCAGUAUGUCAUCCACCUGCCGAAGUCCUGCUCACCACUCACUUUUGAGAACUGCCAUCCGAUGGAUUUGCAACACAACACACGGGAAAUCUAUCCCCUCUCCCCUAUUAAUGGCGGUGUCGCCAACUUCGUGACACCGACGCAUGUUGGUAGGCCUGCGACUGCGGUCAGACCGGUUUUCCGCAGUCGAUCGAUUGACUCGGAGUUGGACAAUCUGUCCUCCUCUGACUACCACCACCCUGUGAUGGUGUCACCAGGGGAUACGACAAGGAGGGGCAGAUUCGUGCAUCAGCGAGUUGCACUACCUUCAUUGGUUGCACCGGAAAAGCGGUUGAACUUCAUCACCACUACGAAGACCCUGAGCCCGGAGAUUCGAGGCAGCUUUGUGUGA